UCACGUCCCUGGCUUUUUCAUUUUACAUGUUCAAACGUAUAAAAACAAAUCCCUGUGCAAAUCUGUGUCGGCUAACGAUACAUAGUGUCAGUGACGUCACGGACUUGCUAACAUUUUUAAGCUGUUGAUUGCCUAUAUCUCACACGUAUGUAGGCUAGGAAACAGAUAAAUGCGUCUCUGUACAGUUUGACAGGAAUAGAAUGUUAACAUGAAUAACAUCUAAGCGACAUUGGUGACAUUAUCGGGAAUAUUCUGUUACUGGUCACGAUGCCAGAACUUACCUUCAAGCAGACGUAUGAAAUGCAAAGAAGUUAUGUGGGGUGAGUGUUGUAUGUUGUUGUGAUAUAGUGAAAACAAAAACAACACACAGUGUCCUGUAAAGUCGGGUCAGUCCUAAGUAUGUCAUCUCGCUGCUAAAGUAUGUGAAAUGGUCUACAUAGCUAAGGUCUCUGGCGAACAAGCCACACGACAGCGGUCAUUUCAACGAGCACCUGCACUUCCGUUUCCCGUUUUACAUAAGCACCCCUUGGUUAUGAAACAAAGUUGUUUUCAGCUGUUUGUUGUUUUCGGAAAACGUGACUGGUUCUUUACAAUCUAAGUAGAGUCCGGUAUACAUAUGCUAAACAGUUACCUGUUAAUGCACAUUAGCCCUAGACUCUUUGGAGCAAGUAGGGCCUUUUCAGGAAACAUGAAAACAAUCAGGAAUUCUUUACAUCUUUCCGAUUCCGUGGCCAUUCAGAGGAGGACAUGUAAACUACAUUUUGAAGCUGCUCCCCUGAAGAUAGUAAGGGCCUCACGCCAGUACAUGUACGAUGAUUCAGGAACAGAGUACCUGGAUUGUAUCAGCAUCAUUUCACAUGUGGGUCACUGUCACCCCCAUGUUGUGCAUGCAGGACAGGAACAAAUGGCCAGGAUGACAACAAGUGCUGGAUUCCUAAAUGAAACCAUGGUGGACUAUGCCAAGAGGGUGGUGGAAACACUACCUGACAAGUUGUGUGUCUGUUUCUUUGUCAACUCUGGAUCGGAGGCAAACGAUUUAGCUCUACGACUUGCACGUGGCUACACAAAGCAUACUGAUGUCAUGGUUGUGGAAAAUUCCUACCAUGGAAACAUCACUACGCUGUUGGAAAUCAGUCCAAGGCGAUGGAAAAAGAUGGGCAUUCAACAGAAGGAAUGGGUCCAUGUGGUGCCCUGUCCAGACACAUACAGAGGUAUUUUUAAGGAGGAUUCUGAAAACCCUGGAGUGCUAUAUGCUAAUGAAGUAAAGAAGAUAAUCAGCAAAUGUAAAGAUAAAAAGAGAACAAUUUCGGCAUUUAUUUGUGAGCCGUUGAUGACAGUCUGCGGUGUGAUUGUUCCACCACAAAAUUACCUUAAAUAUGUGUACAGGUAUGUACGAGAAGCUGGGGGUAUCUGUAUUGCUGACGAAGUCCAAGUUGGGCUUGGUCGUAUUGGAGAACGCUUCUGGUCAUUCCAGGCUCAUGAUGUGGUGCCUGAUAUUGUUACGGUGGGAAAACCACUUGGAAAUGGUCAUCCUAUGGCAAUGGUUGUCACCACAAAGGAGAUAGCAGCCGUUCUUAGCGAGUUCAGCAGCACAUUUGGUGGCAACCCUGUGGCUUGUGCAGUAGGAAUGGCAGUGUUGGAUGUCAUACGCAAUGAGAAGCUCCAGGCCAGUGCAAAGUCUGUUGGCAAGUGUUUGCUUGACGGAUUCAGAGCCAUUCAGUCAAAACAUCCCAUGAUGGGAGACAUCAGGGGUAUGGGGAUGAUCAUUGGUGUAGAAAUCGUUCUGGACAAAGAGAGCAGGAAACCUGCUAAACAGGCUGCAGAAAUUCUCAGCUACAAACUGAAAGAAGGAAAGAUCCUUAUAGCCAACGAUGGUCCAGAGAAAAAUGUCAUGUACAUUUCUCCACCUAUGUGUUUCACAUGUGACAAUGCCAGACAAGUUGUGCAGGCAUUUGACACAGCACUUGCUGCAAUUGAACAAAGUGCAAUUGAGUCCGGCAUUACAUCUUUACCUGAUGAGCAACGAAUAUUGAAUAUUCCUCUGGAUAUUCUAUCAUCAAACUUAGAUGAAGGAUUAGACUCUGACUCUGACAGUGAAGGUCCAAAUGCCAAGAAAGCACGAUAUGAGGAAAUGGACUAGAGGAAAGUAGUGCAAUCAAGUAAAUAGGUGAAUGAAUGUGGUUAUGACAGAGUUGAUACCAAAGGUAAAAAUGUGAUAUGAAGGAAUGAACAAAAGAAAAAAGACUUAAUCCAGUUUUAUAAGCUGAAGGAGUAAGUUGUGAAGUGUAUAAGUGGUUUAUUUGAAUGAUUAUAUGUUUGGGUGAUGGAGGCAGCUCAGGGAUUCUUGCUAUUCAACAAAAGGAAAGUGUUCAAAAGACGCAUCAUUAAUGCCAAGGUAACUUAGUUUGAUAUGCAGUGCUAAGCUGUGUAGACAUUUUUAGAUAAUAUGUUGAAUAUCAUAUAUUUAGCCCACUAUCAUCAGAUGGUGAGCUAUUCAAAUCACUCUACGUCCAUAGUCUACCAUCCGUCCGUAAACAAUCUUUGUUAAUGCUAUUUCUUGAAAGGUACUGGAGGGAUAUAUCAUAAACUUCACAUGUAGGUUCCCAUUGGUUCCUAAUUUUGCCAUUCAGUUUUGAUUUUUGAUUAGGAAAACAAAAUGGUUGACAGGUGGACAUCUUCGAUUUUGAGAAAUGAAAUUUGUUAUCCCUAUUUCUUGAAAAGCACUGGGGAAAUAUAUCUCAAACUUCAUUUGUAAGUUACUGGUGGUCCAUAGUUGUACCAAUUCUUUUUUGAUUUUGAUCAGAAAAACAAAACGGCUAACAGACAGCUAUCUUAUUCUUGUUAUCAGAUUAUUAAGAGAGAAAAAAGGGUAAAGUUGAGAGAAGAUCAGUUUGACAAAGAACCACAGAUCUUUCAUUUGUGUGCGCCAAGAUCCCUCUGGGAUCUCAUGUUAUAAGUAGAUAGAUAUAUGCUAUAUGAUUGAUCAUAGUUAUCAAAGUUGAUGGCUUUUUUAAAAGUACACCAUUCCUCAUUUAAGUAAUUUAUAAUACAAUGUGUAAAAGAACUAUGUUCUACACUACAAUGCAUCUAGAGACCUUUGUUCUACUGUACAAUGUAUAACUAGACAUUUUUUAUACAGUACUACAAUGUUUGUUCUACAGUACUACAAUGUUUGUUCUACAGUACUACAAUAUUUGUGCUGUAGUACUACAAUGUUUGUUCUGAGAACUGCAUGUUUGUUCUACAGUACUACAAUGUUUGUGCUGUAGUACUACAAUGUUUGUUCUACAGUACUACAAUGUUUGUUCUACAGUACUACAAUGUUUGUUCUACAGUACUACAAUGUUUGUUCUACAGUACUACAAUAUUUGUGCUGUAGUACUACAAUGUUUGUUCUACAGUACUACAAUGUUUGUUCUACAGUACUACAAUAUUUGUGCUGUAGUACUACAAUGUUUGUUCUACUGUACUACAAUGUUUGUUCUACAGUACUACAAUGUUUGUUCUACAGUACUACAAUAUUUGUGCUGUAGUACUACAAUGUUUGUUCUACUGUACUACAAUGUUUGUUCUACAGUACUACAAUGUUUGUUCUGUAGUACUACAAUGUUUGUUCAACAGUACUACGAUGUUUGUUAUACAGUACUACAAUGUUUGUUAUACAGUACUACAAUGUUUGUCUACAGUACUACAAUGUUUGUCUACAGUACUACAAUGUUUGUUAUACAGUACUACAAUGUUUGUGUACUGUACUACAAUGUUUGUUCUACAGUACUACAGUGUUUGUUCUACAUGAGUACUACAAUAUUUGUGCUGUAGUACUACAAUGUUUGUUCUACAGUACUACAAUGUUUGUUCUACAGUACUACAAUGUUUGUUCUACAGUACUACGAUGUUUGUUCUACUGUACUACAAUGUUUGUUCUACAGUACUACAAUGUUUGUUCUACUGUACUACAAUGUUUGUUCUACAGUACUACAAUGUUUGUUCUACAGUACUACAAUAUUUGUUCUACAGUACUACAAUAUUUGUGCUGUAGUACUACAAUGUUUGUUCUACUGUACUACAAUGUUUGUUCUACAGUACUACAAUGUUUGUUCUACAGUACUACAAUGUUUGUUCUACUGUACUACAAUGUUUGUUCUACAGUACUACAAUGUUUGUUCUACAGUACUACAAUAUUUGUGCUGUAGUACUACAAUGUUUAUUCUACAGUACUACAAUAUUUGUGCUGUAGUACUACAAUGUUUGUUCUACAGUACUACAAUGUUUGUUCUGUAGUACUACAAUGUUUGUUCUACAGUACUACGAUGUUUGUUCUGUAGAAAUACAAUGUUUGUUCUACAGUACUACAAUGUUUGUUCUACAGUACUACAAUGUUUGUUCUGCAGUACUACAAUGUUUGUCUACAGUACUACAAUGUUUGUUCCACAGUACUACGAUGUUUGUUCUACAGUACUACAAUGUUUGUUCCACAGUACUACGAUGUUUGUUCUACAGUACUACAAUGUUUGUUCUACAGUACUACGAUGUUUGUUCUGCAGUGCUACAAUGUUUGUUCUACAGUACUACAAUGUUUGUUAUACAGUACUAUGAUGUUUGUUCUACUGUACUACAAUGUUUGUUCUACAGUACUACAAUGUUUGUUCUGUAGUACUACAAUGUUUGUUCUACAGAACUACGAUGUUUGUUAUACAGUACUACAAUGUUUGUUCUGAGUACUGCAUGUUUGUUCUGCAGUGCUACAAUGUUUGUUCUACAGUACUACAAUGUUUGUUAUACAGUACUACAAUGUUUGUUCUACUGUACUACAAUGUUUGUUCUACAGUACUACAAUGUUUGUUCUGUAGUACUACAAUGUUUGUUCUACAGUACUACGAUGUUUGUUCUGUAGAACUACAAUGUUUGUUCUGUAGUACUACAAUGUUUGUUCUACAGUACUACAAUGUUUGUUCUGCAGUACUACAAUGUUUGUCUACAGUACUACAAUGUUUCUUCUACAGUACUACAAUGUUUCUUCUACAGUACUACAAUGUUUCUUCUAUAAUCCUUUACAGCAUUUAUGUGUACAUCAAAUUUAGUUCUAUAACAAAAUGUGAGAAUGUAUAUACAGGAGAAUAGUGUCCCUGAGAUAUUGUAUGUUGUGAUCAUUGAUAUUAUAAGACAGUGUCACUGA